AGCUCAUUUGACUCCAUCUGUGUGAGUUUGUUUACAUCGUGAGGAGAAGUGUUGCUGCCACUGUGAGUCUCUUGUUCCUGCCUCUCUCCAGCCUCUCUCACCUUCCUCCUUACUACCACAGCCCCUGAGAGCCCUGCAGGCUGAGACCAGCUGUCAGGAGAACACUCUGCCAUUUCAAAAUAACCAUCAUCAGUGAAUUAUUCUGCCAGCUAGUCGGCGACUUCAAAAAAUAUAUCAACGGCUACUCAAAAAUGUAUGGGGUGUCAGGCGAAGUCAUCGACUUAUCAGAUCGCCGACAUCAGCAAGUUAUCCAGAUGGCAUGUACUAAAGCAGAGUGAUUCAUCACAGUGGUCAAGUAUGGCAGGGGAGGGAACUCAUCCUGCAGUCUUUGAAUUGGGUGCUGCAGCUCCUCCAUUAAACCUCUGCACCUCAGUGCUGACAGACUCUCAAGGUAUAAUGCAGAUUGGUCUAGAUACUAAAGACAGCAGUGACCCCAUUGCCCAACAGGGAAGAAUGGAUCAGGUGACCACAGAGGACAUGAACCAUGUGACCAUUCCUGAUGGGCUAAUACAACAUGAUGUGGCUGGAACAAUGGUGGCACAAAUUGUGGAUAAUGGCAUGAGUCAGAUAGUUAGUGGAGGAAUCGGUCAGAUAGUGGACCGGGACUUGACAUCUGUGGGAGGAGUGAUGCAACAAAUUUCCAAUGGUGUUAAUGUCAUCAAGAAGGAAGAGGAGUUUGAAAAUGAAGUUGAAGAAGAGGGCCUUGAAGCUGAUGCAGAUAAUACGCUUGUGGAUGACGAUGAAGAUGACGAUGAUGAAAUUCCAAUAAAACAGGAGAAGGGAAGAAAGACCAAAGGAAGAAAGAGAAGAAAGCGUCGUCUAACCUUCACACCCAGAAAGUUGAACAAAAUCUACCAGUGUGAAAAUUGUCCUGCCAGAUUUGCCCGAGAUACUCAACUGAAAUAUCACUCAAAGGUUCACAUCGAUGACCAGACAGAGAAAUUUGAAUGUGACCAGUGUCAUGUUGUCUUCUCCCGAAUGAACAAACUCAUGAAGCACCGUCAGCGUGCCCAUCAGGAAGCUCUCUCCUGUAAUCAGUGCAAUUCUCAGUUCACACACAUAAAUAGCUACAGGUUGCACAUGCGUCUUCAUAGUGGUGAAAAACCAUACGAGUGUAACGAAUGUGGAGCCAGGUUUGUUCAGAGCAGUCAUCUCAAUAUCCAUAAACGAUCACAUACUGGUGAAAAGCCUUAUCAGUGUGAUGUAUGUAAACAAUCUUUCAAGCAAAUAUCGCAUCUUAGAACACAUGAAAGAAUUCAUACACAGAUGAAACCAUAUACUUGUCCUAUGUGUGGCGCUGCAUUUAUACAGAAAAGUAGUUUAAACCGACAUAGUAGGAUUCAUACGGGCGAAAAACCUUAUGUAUGUGUAAUAUGCCAUGCAGCAUUUUGUGUUAAAAAUAAUCUUACUCGUCAUAUGAUAACUCAUACCGGUGAGCAGCCAUAUAAAUGUGAUCUUUGUCCAGCUUCUUUUGGUCAGGCUAUAGACUUAAAAAGACAUAAGAUUGCUCAUACUGGAGUGAAACCAUUUCAGUGUGAUAUAUGUGAUGCUUCAUUUAGCCGUAAGAACAACUUAAAGUGGCACAAAUAUAGCCAUACGGGUGAAACACCUUUUAAGUGUGAUGAAUGCAUGGCUGAGUAUACACGUCCACGAGACCUGAAAAAACACAAAUUAAGCCAUGGUCCACUUGUACCUCACAUAUGCGACAUAUGUCAUCAACGGUUUCCUCAGCCUAGUGGUCUUAAACGUCACAUGAUGAAUCAUACAGGUGAAAAGCCUUUUGUUUGUGAAAAAUGCUUUGCUACAUUCGUUGAUAAAAGUGCCCUAAAAAGACAUAUGUAUAAGCAUGUUGGCGUGAAACCUUUUGCUUGCAAGAGGUGUGACACAACAUUUCGAGAGUACCGCAGCCUUAAAAGACAUUGUAUGUCAGUUCAUGGAGAAGAACCUGAGGAUAGACAAACCCACAUGCAGUUGCAGUCACAACAACAGCAGCAGCAGCAGCAGCAGCAGCAACAGCAACAACCAGUACAACAGCAGCCCCAACAGCAACAACACAUUACAACAAUACCUGCUGGAACUAUCAUCUCUACCGCUCAAGAUACCUCGCAUCUUGCUCAGUUCACUCAGGCACUUUCACAGCAAAAUUCCCAGCAGAUGGCUCAAGUGCCAACAUUAAUGCUCUCGGGUGGACCAGGGCAGCCGGCCAGAGCUGCAAGGCCUGCCAACAACUGCCAGAAUCACACUGCUCAUGUCCUUACUUUUGGAGGUAACAAUCAGUGGCAGUCAUGGUGCUUCUGUGAGACUCCAGCCAUUCCUGAAGCACAGCAACAGGUGAUCGUAGCUACUACUGCAGCUCCUGUCAGCCUUCCUGUAACCACCCAUCAGCAGCAGGUGCAACAAGCACAGCAGCCACAGCAACAGCAACAACAGCAGCAGCAGCAACAACAACAACAACAACAACAGCAACAACAACAACAACAACAACAACAACAGCAGGCAGCACCAUUUACAAUGUCUGUCAAGACUCCUACAUUGCCAACUCAUAUACAGCUGCAGUUUCCUUUUGGAGACGCUCAAGCUACAACAAGUCACACUCAGUGGAUAGCUGGUUGGGGCAAGUAGCAAUGUAUGUAGGUUCGAGUUGCUCAUUAUCUUGUUUGAAGAACUGGAGUGCAAAAAACUCUAGAUAGGUAAGAAUUUAAUGUUCUACAAGCAGUUUAUAAUGAGAGAUAUUUGGGGAAACUUCCGAAGUAUUAAAAUUUCAUUUUUAAAUAUAAAUAAUAAUGUAUAUAAAAACAAAUUUACUUUUCUUUCAUUAUUCAAUUUUAGUGCUAAUUUAAAUUCAUUUUAGAGAUAUUCUACUUUUGGAAUUUAUAAACUUGCUGUGUACUUUCACAAACUGCAUAGUAUAUGAACUGAAAAUUGAGCAAUGAUUAAUAUAUCUGUUUUUUGUAACAUUUGUUCCACAUCAGCAUUUUCAUGCAAUGGCUAUUUGCCAACACAAGUGACCCCAAGAUGGAAAACAUUCAACAUCUCUCUUCCCCCUCACACUCACUCACUCAUGCACAUACACACAAAAAAGAAGAAGGAGAAGGAGGAAUACCUUCAGGUAUUAUACUGAGCAUAUCACCUGAGAUGCACAACAACUAAAUAACUACUGCUGCAAAUGCAUGUCUGGCAAAUAUAUGAAUAGGUUUUAUAUGUGUAAAUAAGGAGUCAUUCAUGAUAUUGUAUACCAUGUAUGUCUGUAUUGGAAUAUGCUGUAUCAGUAUGGAAUCCACACCUGGUCAGACAUAUCAAGAAAAUGAAGAAAGUGCAAAAGUUUGUGACAAGACUGGUUCCAGAGCUAAGGGGUAUCUUGUGAGAAGAGGUUAAGGGAACUCAACUUUAUGGUACUGGAGGACAUGAGGACUGGGGGUGAGAAGUUAUGAUAACAUUCAAAAUACUGAGAGGAAUUGACAAGUGAAUAGGGCCAGAUUGUUCGAAAGAUGGGAGAUGGGAACACAGGGGCACUGCUAGAAGUUGAACGCACAGAUGAGUCAUAGGGUUUUUAGGAAAUAUGUCUUCAGCCUUAGAGUUGUCAGGAAGUGGAAUAAUCUGGAGAGUGAAGUAAUAGAGGCAGGAUCCAUACAUAGCUUUAAAAAGAGGUACGAUAAGGCUCUUGGAGCAGGGAGAGCAUGCACUGAGACGGCCAGGAGCUGUGACUCGACCCCUGCAAUCACAUUUAGGUGAGCGCACACAUGCUCUCUUGAGUGAGUGAGUUCGAGUGUGAUUUACCGGAGAUGUCCCAGCCCAGGUCUUUUGCACGAGGUGACCUGGCAUUGGCUCCUCGUUGGGGAAGCGUUGCUACAUCAUCUGUUCUUGACAUUUUGCACAGAAGAAUUGCCUUGGGAAGAGGAGUCCCUCUGUCUUUUCGAACACUUGUUGUUCCCGAUGUUAUUUUACACUGGUGAUGGCCAUCUCAGCAUCCAUGGUCAAGUCUUGCAUUAGUGUGGGUUGUGAAGUGACAAGGUGGAUGGCAUCACACAAUAAAGGAUAACAUUUCAUCAUGGGCAGGCAGAGGUGGCAGUUCCUUGGCAUGAACAUCUUCCCUGUGUAGAAGAAAAAAGCAGCUAUUCUAAAAGCACAAAAAUGUAGGCUCUACUGGAGUUUUUAUUAUCAUUAUUAUUAUUAUGAGGCAUUGGGUGACAUGUGAUGAUUGGCAGCAGUGUCCUCAGGUCCUCAAUGGUCAGGUACACUAGGUGCACUAGUGCACUGCCUUGUCAUCCUGGACCUCUCCCACUUCCUCCAUACACUCUCUCCAAUCUGUUAUCUAAUCUUUCAUUGCCUAAGUUGUAGUCAGUUUAGAAUGUAUUACAGUGGAUCUCCGAGUUUUCUGAGCCUUGUGCUUCGUGAAUUUCGACUUUUGGCAACUUUUUUCAUCAGAAUAAAGCCUCGCAGUUCGUGAUUUGCCUCGUGAUUUGUCCGUCGUACGAAACGUGUCCGUGCGGCUGGGAGCGGCAAUGCAUACACAAAGGCUCCCACACACCAUUCAGGAAUCAGUGUGGCAUUGUCUGUGGACGAAUGACCACAAGGUACUUCCCCACACAAACCAGCCAGGCUACUUACCCCCACACAAACACGAUUUGAUUUGAGUGGGACUUGCGCAUGAGUGAAUAGAAUUAUCAAAGCUUAUUGUUUGGGUAGCAUUGAAAAUUGGGCUGGACAAGUAUUCUGUUAGUGGGAUGGUUUGUGAAGGACCUACCCAGUAUGAGUAAACAGGUCUGCUGCAGUGUUCCUGCUUUCUUAUGUUCUUAUGUACACCAGCCAGGGUACUUCCCCACACAAACCAGCCAGGGUACUUCCCCACACCAUCCAGGAUACUUCCCCACAUUAACCAGCCAGGGGACUUCCCCACACACACGAUUUGAUUUGACAAGGACUUGCGCAUGAGUGAAUAGAAGAGAGGGAGACUACUUCCCUUUAAAAGUAGGUCUUAGGGAUGUGUAAUGUCACCAUGGUUGUUUAAUAUAUUUAUAGAUGGAAUUGUAAAAGAAGUAAAUGCUAGGGUGUUUGGGAGAGGGGUGGGAUUAAAUUAUGGGGAAUCAAAUACAAAAUGGGAAUUGACAUGGUUGCUUUUUGCUGAUGAUACUGUGCUUAUGGGAGAUUCUAAAGAAAAAUUGCAAAGGUUAGUGGAUGAGUUUGGGAGUGUGUGUAAAUGUAGAAAGUUGAAAGUGAACAUAGAAAAGAGUAAGGUGAUGAGGGUAUUAAAUGAUUUAGAUAAAGAAAAAUUGUAUAUCAAAUUGGGGAGGAGUAUGGAAGAAGUGAAUGUUUUCAGAUACAGUGGACCCCCGGUUAACGAUUUUAAUCCGUGCAAGAGGGCUCAUCGUUAUGCGAAAUAAUCGUUAUGCGAAUGAAUUUUCCCCAUAAGAAAUAAUGGAAAUCAAAUUAAUCCGUGCAAGACGCCCAAAAGUAUGAAAAAAAUUUUUUUUUACCACAUGAAAUGUUAAUUUUAAUACACACAAACUGAAAAAGGCAUGCACAAUUAAAUGACACUUACUUUUAUUGAAGAUCUGGUGAUGAUUGAUGGGAUGGGAGGAGGGGAGAGCAUUAUCUUCUUACUGUUUAGAAGGGGAAUCCCCUUCCAUUACGACUUGAGGUAGCAAGUCCUUUUCCGGGGUUACUUCCCUUCUUCUUUUAAUGCCACUAGGACCAGCUUGAGAGUCACUGGACCUCUGUCGCACAACAAAUCUGUCCAUAGAGCUCUGUACCUCCCGUUCCUUUACGAUUUGUCUAAAAUGGGCCACAACAUUGUCAUUGAAAUAGUCACCAGCACGGCUUGCAACAGCUGUGUCAGGGUGAUUUUCAUCUUUAAAGGUUUGCAGUUCAACCCACUGUGCACACAUUUCCUUAAUCUUUGAAGUAGGCACAAUGGAUUCCACAACUGGCAUAGGCUUCUCAGGGUUAGCCCCAAACCCUUCAAAAUCUUUCUUAAUUUCCAUACUAAUUCUCACCCUUUUUACCACAGGGUUGGCACUAGAAGCUUUCUUGGGGCCCAUGGUCACUUAUUUUCCAGAAACAGCACCGAAAACACUGUAAUAAUACGAAAUAUUCCGAGUGUAUGCUUGGAUGUUACCGCGGAGGCUGGCUGGUAAACAAUGGGACGGCCGGCACAUGUGAGGCUGGCUGAGGGCACAUUGGACGCGUCUCGGACGAAAAUCGGUAAGCGGGUUUUUAAUCGGUAUGCGCGGCAAAAAUUUUGCGAUAAAAGUAAUCGGUAUGCGGAAAAAUCGCUAUGUGAUGCCAUCGUUAUGCGGGGGUCCACUGUACUUGGAAGUUGACGUGUCGGCGGAUGGAUUUAUGAAGGGUGAGGUUAAUCAUAGAAUUGAUGAGGGAAAAAAGGUGAGUGGUGCAUUGAGGUAUGUGUUUAGACAAAAAACGUUAUCUAUGGAGGCAAAGAAGGGAAUGUAUGAAAGUACAGUAGUACCAACACUCUUAUAUGGGUGUGAUGCUUGGGUUGUGAAUGCAGCAGCGAGGAGACAGUUGGAGGCAGUGGAGAUGUCCUGUCUAAGGGCAAUGUGUGGUGUAAAUAUUAUGCAGAAAAUUUGGAGUGUGGAAAUUAGGAGAAGGUGUGGAAUUAAUAAAAGUAUUAGUCAGAGGGCUGAAGAGGGGUUGUUGAGGUGGUUUGGUCAUUUGGAGAGAAUGGAUCAAAGUAGAAUGACAUGGAGAGCAUUUAAAUUUGUAAGGGAAGGAAGGCGGGGUAGGGGUCGUCCUCGAAAAGGUUGGAACGAAGGGGUAAGAGAGGUUUUGUGGGCGAGGGGCUUAGACUUCCAGCAGGCGUGCAUGAGCGUGUUUGAUAGGAGUGAAUGGAGACGAAUGGUAUUUGGGACCUGACGAUCUGUUGGAAUGUGAGCAGGGUAAUAUUUAGUGAAGGGAUUCAUGGAAACCAGUUAUUUUUAUAUAGCCGGACUUGAGUCCUGGAAAUGGGAAGUACAAUGCCUCCACUCUAAAGGAGGGGUUCAGGAUAUUGACAGUAUUACCUGGAGUUUACCUGGAGAGAGUUCCGGGGGUCAACGCCCCCGCGGCCCGGUCUGUGACCAGGCCUCCUGGUGGAUCAGAGCCUGAUCAACCAGGCUGUUGCUGCUGGCUGAACGCAAACCAACGUACGAGCCACAGCCCGGCUGAUCAGGAACUGACUUUAGGUGCUUGUCCAGUGCCAGCUUGAAGACUGCCAGGGGUCUGUUGGUAAUCCCCCAUAUGUGUGCUGGGAGGCAGUUGAACAGUCUCGGGCCCCUGACACUUAUUGUAUGGUCUCUUAACGUGCUAGUGACACCCCUGCUUUUCAUUGGGGGGAUGGUGCAUCGUCUGCCAAAUCUUUUGCUUUCGUAGUGAGUGAUCUUCGUGUGCAAGUUCAGUACUAGUCCCUCUAGGAUUUUCCAGGUGUAUAUAAUCAUGUAUCUCUCCCUCCUGCGUUCCAGGGAAUACAGGUUUAGGAACCUCAAGCGCUCCCAGUAAUUGAGAUGUUUUAUCUCCGUUAUGCGCGCCGUGAAAGUUCUCUGUACAUUUUCUAGGUCGGCAAUUUCACCUGCCUUGAAAGGUGCAGUUAGUGUGCAGCAAUAUUCCAGCCUAGAUAGAACAAGUGACCUGAAGAGUGUCAUCAUGGGCUUGGCCUCCCUAGUUUUGAAGGUUCUCAUUAUCCAUCCUGUCAUUUUUCUAGCAGAUGCGAUUGAUACAAUGUUAUGGUCCUGAAGGGAUAUGUUGUGUAUCUUUAUACGUAUAUGCUUUUAAACUGUUGUGUUCUGAGCACCUCUGCAAAAACAGUGAUUAUGUGUGAGUGAGAUGAAAGUGUUGAAUGAUGAUGAAAAUAUUUUCUUUUUGGGGAUUUUCUUUAUUUUUGGGUCACCCUGCCUCGGUGGGAGACGGCCGACUUGUUAAAAAAAAAAAACAUAAGAAUGGAGGGACACUGCAGAAGGCUGGACUUUUGUUGCUUACACUUCUUGAUAUAAAUCCCAGUACAGUGGUCCCUCAAUAAUCGUCCGGCCUGAAAGUCGUCCAAUUCGGAAAUAGUCCUGUUUUUUCGUCAAAAUAUUGGCUCGCAAAUGGUCCGGUAACUCGCUAAUAGUCCUUCGUCCUGGACGCAUACUCACGCUCUGAGCCGCCUCGGCCUUUCCUUCCCAGCCAGUGUGCCAUUGUUUACCAGUGAGCGAUGGUCCCCUCACGUGCUCCAGCAAAAUAUUUCAUAUUCCAUUUAUUUUAGUGCUUGCAAGUUAUUUAAGUGCUAAAUAAGCUACCAUGGCUCCAAAGAAAGCUCCUAGUGCCAAGCCUUUGGUAAAGGUGAGAAAUAUGACUGAAUUUAAGGAAAGCAUCUUUGAACAAUAUGAAAGUGGCGUACAUGUGGCCAAACUGGCCAGGAUGUAUAACAAACCCCAUACAACCAUAUCUUCCAUCGUGGCAAAGAAAAAGGAAAUCAAGGAAGCUGUUGUUGCUUGGAGAAAAUUGUGGCCAGAUUGUGUCCACAAGAGGGAUUUUGAAGGGUUUGUGGCUGACCCUGAUGAGCCUAUGUCAGUUGUGAAAUCAUUGUGGCACUGGGGAGUUCCAAGGGGUUGGAUGUGAGUUUGGAGGAUGUGGAAGAGUUGGGGGAGGACCACAACGAAGAGCUAACCACUGAUGAGCUGCAAGAGCUUCAGCAGGAACAGCAACAGAUCGUAGCUCAGAAUCUUGCUGCAGAGGAGGAAGAAGAGAUGGAAGAAGGUGCCUUCUUCAGAAAUUAAUGAGAUUUUUUAAAUGUGGGGUAGGAUGGAAAGAUUUAUGGAAAAACAUCACCCUGAGAAGGAUGUUGCAAGCCAUAUCGGCAACUUGUACAGUGACAGAGUCUUGGCCCAUUUUAGGGAAGUUUUAAAGAGAUACCAGAAACAGAGCUCUCUGGACAGUUUUUUUGCGAGACAGGACUCCAGUGACUCUCAAGGUGGUCCUAGUGGCAUUAAGAAACAGAGAAAAGAAGUAACCCCAAAAAAGCAAUUGGUACCCGAGGUGUUGAUGGAAAGGGAUUCCCCUUCCAAACAGUAAAUCGUCCAAUCUGUCUCCUUCUCCAGUCUUCCAUACACAAAGAAGAAUCGCCAAUAAAGGUAAGUGUUAUUCUGUUAAUGUUUAAUUCAUCAUGUGCCACUGUAUUGUUUAUGUACUACAUCUAUAUUUCAUGUAAAAAAUUUUUUUGUUUUAAUACUUCUGGGUGUCAGGAACGGAUUAAUUGAAUUUACAGUAUUUCUUAUGGGGAAAAUUGAUUCGUAAAUCGUCCAUUUCGAUAAUAGUCCCACUUCCAGGAACGGAUUAUGGAUGAUUAUUGUGGGACCACUACUCUAUUUGCCAUAUUACGUAUGCUUAGGCAUUGCUCUCUUGGUUUAGCCCUUAAACGGUCCAAACGUAUAUAUACGUUUUUACUGCUAGUGCCCCAAACGUAUACAUGUAUAUACGUUUUAUUGGUCAUACAAUUAUCAUUGCCACGAUAAGCCUGAGUCGCCUAGACAUGAGAGAAUGGGUGUGCGCACUCACUGUGUGCCAUAUUAAAAUAAUUGGGUAUGCCUGGGUACUAUAUGCUCUUUUUUCCUAUUAAAAACAAAAGAUUUUUUUUUUCUUAAAAAAGUUGCGGCACUACGGUAGGUAACGUAUAUAUACGUUUGGACCGUUUACGGGUUAAGGUUGCUGCUUACCAUAACCCCCAAAUCCUUUUCGCAGUCUGUAUGGCUAAAUUCAACAUUAUUAAGCUGGUAGUUGCAAGGGUUAUGAACAUUUCCGAGCUUUAGAACUUUAGGUAUAUCUACAUUGAGCUGCAUCUACCACUUUUCUGACCACGAAUUGAGUUUGUCUAAAUCCUCUUGAAGUUCCGAGACAUCAGUGUCUGAAUUGAUUAUCCUACCUAUCUUUGUGUCAUCAACGAAUUUGCUUGUAACACUAGUAAUUCCCUUGUCAAGGUCAUUUAUAUACAGUGGACCCCCGGUUAACGAUAUUUUUUCACUCCAGAAGUAUGUUCAGGUGCCAGUACUGACCGAAUUUGUUCCCAUAAGGAAUAUUGUGAAGUAGAUUAGUCCAUUUCAGACCCCCAAACAUACACGUACAAACGCACUUACAUAAUUGGUCGCAUUCGGAGGUGAUCGUUAUGCGGGGGUCCACUGUAUUUUAUAAACAACAACGGGCCUAAAAUCGAUCCCUGUGGAACGCCACUUGAUACAGAUCCCCACUCAGAUUUAGCCCCAUUUAUACACACACUGCUUCCUAUUGGUGAGCCAUGACUCGAUCCAUGACAGUACUUUUUCCCCAGUGCCUGAGCAGCCACUUUCUUUAACAGUCUCUGAUGUGGUACUCUAUCAGAAGCCUUACUAAAAUCCAAAUAAACAAUAUCGAAUUCUUUAUCAUGAU